AAAGUGUAUAAAAGAGAAAGUCAGCUCUUCGAUGUGACACAUUCUCCCAGAGAAGACACUUUCUACCAGAGAAGACACUCCAGAACAGAGGAAGAACACGACAUCGCAGACACUUGUCUCCAACAACACAAAAUGGCUUCUAAAUACAUCACAGAAAUUGUUAUCUCCACUACCCCUGAAAGGGAGCAACAGCUUCGUAACCAAGGAUAUGACAAGAUAAAUGUUAACCUCAACCAAGGCACUUCAUCGACCAUUACAGUUUACAUGUGGUACAAAAAGGGCAAUGGUGAACCCAUCACCAGAGUCCAGCUUUCAUUCACUGAUGAAAUGAAAGAUGUCCUGCGAAAAGCAGGGUUCACUGAGCUCCCAGAAAACCUCAACUCUGGAACACAAGGAUAUGUCAUUCAGCUGUGGUACUCUAGUGCUGCACACCCUAAGUAUGACAUUCCCAUUGAAGAUCUCUUCCUCACCACUAAUGAGAACGAAGAGGCCGCUCAAUUCAAACUCGGCUGGGAAAGGUUACCGUGCAAUCUGAACCUCGGUAACUCAGGAGAUUUCAUCACCCUCUGGUUGAAGAGAAAGAGUAAGACCUACAUCUGUGACGUUGCUGCCACCACCUCAUUCCAACAACACAUCGACCUUUUCAACGAGGGCUACAUCCGGCUGGGUGAAGACCUCAAUAGAGGUUCUGGAAGAAAGCCCAUCUUCCUCUGGUACCGUCAAUCCACCGAAACGGGCGGCGGGCUCACCAAGAUGAAUGCAUCCAUCAACCAUGCUGACGAUUCCAGCCUAGUGAAGCAAGGUUUCACCGUGGUGAAUGUUAACCUCAAUGAGGGAACAGGCGGUCAGCCAGUGUAUGUCUGGUUCAGGAAAGAUGGAUCUCUCCCUAUCAAGGCCUUGACCGUUACAUCCAACCCUGAUGUAACUGGCCCUUAUGACGAGGCCGGCUUGAUCCUCAUCGAUAAAAAUCUGAAUGCUGGCAACAGUGGUGUGCCCCUCUACCUCUGGAAUGGCAAAUAAAAACCUGAGUUAGAGAGGCAGAAUCAGCCCCAAAAUUUGG